UAAGUAUCUUAAAGGGAUACAACUCUGCAACCGAUUUCAACUUUUGCAUCGCCUAUAUAGACUCCUAGAAAAUGUCGGUGUUUAGUCAAUAUUUUGGGAAAAUAAGAGUUCCACAAGGAGGGGAAAAAGUCUACAAGGAUGAAUGUGCUUUCUCUUUUGACAAUCCAGAAUCUGAGACAGGUUUAUAUGUGUGUAUGAACACAUUUCUUGCAUUUGGUAAAAAACACUUAGAGCAGCAUUUCAAGAAGACUGGAAAUGGUGUUUUCCUUCACUUACGAAGGAAUAGAAUAGAGGUUGUAAGUGAUGAACCUCCUCCAGAGAAAAAACCUACAAAGCUUGCCAUAGGCUUAGAAGGAGGUUUCCAAACAGAUGAGAAGAAGUUCAAAUUUGAGGAACAUAACUCAGUUGUGGUUUUACCUGACUGGAAGAUAUUCCCUCUUCCUGAUCAAGAACUUCCAGAUAUUGUACAAAUGUCAGUGACAGGUAUAUUGAAAGCAGAAGAUGCAUGGAAACUUGAAGAAGCAGCUGCAAUGGCUGGAACGUGGGAUGGCGAGAAAAGAGUUGUAUCAAAACAUGCAGAAAGCCUGCAACAACUAGACAAUGGGAAAAAGAUUCCUCCAUCCGGAUGGAAGUGUGAAAAGUGUGAUCUUACAAAUAACCUUUGGUUGAACCUUACUGACGGUACUAUCAUGUGUGGACGUAAAUUCUUUGACGGCAGCGGAGGAAACAAUCACGGCGUAGAGCAUUAUCACGUCACUAAAUACCCACUCGCUGUUAAGCUAGGAACCAUAACCCCAGAUGGUGCAGAUGUUUUUUCUUAUGACGAGGAUGAUAUGGUAGAAGAUCCAUACUUGUCCAAGCAUCUGGCUCAUUUUGGUAUAAAUAUAACAUCCAUGCAAAAGACAGAGAAAACAAUGAUUGAGCUGGAGAUAGAUCUGAAUCAGAAGAUUGGAGAGUGGGAUGUCAUUCAGGAGGCUGGGAGUAAAUUGACACCAAUGUACGGACCAGGGUACACGGGCAUGCGUAACCUUGGCAACAGUUGCUAUAUGAACUCGGUGAUGCAAGUGGUAUUCACAAUACCAGAUUUUCAGCAGAGAUAUUACAAUGUGGCAGAAGAAAUAUUUGCCAAUGCACCUGUUGACCCAACAUCAGAUUUCACAGUACAAAUGGCAAAAUUAGGACAUGGUUUGCUAUCAGGCGAAUAUUCCAAGUCAAAAGAUGGCGGAGAUGAAAAUAAUAUGGUAUCCACAGGUAUAAGACCUCAGAUGUUUAAAUCAUUGAUUGGCAAAGGUCAUCCCGAGUUUUCUACCAAAAGACAACAAGAUGCACAAGAGUAUUUCCUGCAUUUACUCUCUUUAUUAGAGAAAAACAAUCGAGGGAAGAUGAAUCCAAGUGAUUGUUUCAAGUUUAAAGUAGAAGAGAAAGUACAGUGUUCAGUAUCAAAGAAAGUGAAAUACACCGACAGAGCAGAUUAUCUUAUUGGCUUGCCGAUCUCUAUGGAUAUGGUUACAAAUAAAGAGGCUGUUGCAGCAUGGGAAGCAAGAAAAAAAGAGUUAGAAAGUCUGAAGCAAACGAUAGAUCCUAAAGAUAUAGUCCGUCCAAAAAUAUCAAUGCAAACGUGUUUAGAUGCAUUUGGAGCCACUGAGAGUAUAGAUGGUUUCUUUAGUAGUGCAAUCAAUGGAACAUGUGUAGCAAAUAAGACUACCAGACUUCUUACAUUCCCAGAUGUUUUAGUUGUUCAGGCAAAGAAAUUUACAGUCGGAGAAGAUUGGGUUCCCAAAAAAUUAGAUGUGUCAAUAGAUGUUAUGGAAGAAUUAGACCUGUCACCACUCAGAGGUCACGGCCUCCAGCCCGGAGAAGAGGAACUCCCUGAAGCCCAGGACCAGCAAGCACAAGUUCAAAUAGAUGAGGCAACUGUUUCCCAGCUUGUUGAUAUGGGAUUUCCUAUAGAAGGUUGUAAGAAAGCAGUUUAUCAUACUGGUAAUGCAGGUGUGGAACCAGCCAUGAACUGGGUUAUGGAACAUAUGGAAGAUGCAGAUUUUGGUAUGCCAUUUGAAAUCCCUGGUGCAAAGAAAUCCUCAUCAUUUACACCUAAUGAGGAAGCUCUCAUGAUGUUGAUGUCCAUGGGCUUUAAUCGAGAUCAAGCUACAAAAGCUCUUAAAGCCACAGAGAACAAUUUAGAAAGAGCCGCUGAAUGGAUAUUUAGCCACGCUAGCGAGUUAGACACACCAAUGGAAACAGAUGAACAAGCAGCCCCGGGCAAAGAAUAUAGGGACGGUAGUGGGAAGUACAAGCUUGUAGCCUUUAUCAGUCACAUGGGAACGUCUACAAUGGUUGGACAUUACGUCUGUCAUAUAUUAAAGGAAGGCCGAUGGGUGAUUUUCAACGACGAGAAGGUCGCACUCUCUGAACAUCCUCCAAUGGAUCUUGCCUAUCUUUAUAUAUACAAAAGGGUGUAAAAUUAUAUAAUAAUAAUA